AUGGCGAGGGGUUUGCGGCGUGCAUGCGCCGUCGCAGGCUUCUGCUUGAUCCAGAGCAUUGCAGGAAUGGUCGUCACUGCUCCUCCAAGGGCACUCGAGCCUCGAUCAACGGGCACCCCAACAUCCAGCAAUAUCGCUUGUGGAUGGGCUUCUAGCGCAUCGAGUGCCUAUCUGGCUGCAAAACCCGAGGCGACUGGGGUCAUAAUAGAUGCCGAACUGGCAUAUGAAUGCCUGAAAUCGGUCCCAAAUUACCAAGAACCUGCAAUGGACCUCCUGAACUCAUUACGAACCUUCCUCGAAUUCCAGAGCACCAAAGAGUAUUUGCGAGACCCUCCAUCAGGAUUUCUUUUCCCGGCUUUGGACCUGGACCUUGAGUGGGACAACAUACAGAAGAAGGUGGAGGGAGGCGAGUACGAAAGCGAAUAUGAUAUGCAAAUCGAUAUUGUUUCAUUAUUAAAUUCAGCACGCGAUGGCCAUUUGCACUGGGAGGGUGACGUCGUGGGCGCUUUCACAUUCAUUCGAAAUAUUGGAAAUGGGUUGGCAGCUGUGUCCUCCGACGGAGAACAGACACCACAGGUGUACCUUGUUGAUGAUCUGAUCACAAUAGACUCCGAGUCACAGAAAGUUCUCCCGGUUACAAGUUACACACCAUCACCGGUGGAAAGCAUCGACGGCGUAGACGUCGUGUCUUUUCUGUUGACCCAGUCUCUGGAUGCGCGUUCUCAGGAUCCUGAUGCACUAUGGAACCAACUUUUCUUCUCGCUGGGUCGACCGUCCUAUCAGACUUUCCAGAUCCCCACGUAUUAUCCAGGGACUUCAACAAAUAUCACUCUCGCAAAUGGAACCACGCGUGAAUAUCCGAACGUCGCAACGGUGAAUGUUCCUUUGGAUGGGUUGGCAACUGGGGAUGAUGCCUACUCUGCGUUUUGCCCCGGAGCCUUUGAGUCUGUGACUGCGAUCCCUUCCAGCAGCGCAGCAGCUACCUCCACGUCAGCAUCGCCAAGUGCGCCUACCAUCCCCGGUUACCCAUACCCGGUAAUCAAGCACAGCGCAGGCUCCGUGGCAGGCUACUAUCUGAAUGACACUGGCUUUACUGACGUCGCUGUUCUGCAAGUGAGAGAGUUCCAAUCGGCCACGGAUAUUUCCUUGGACUACGAGAGAGAGUUUCAGACCGUCGUACAAAAGUUUCUCGACGCUGCCGUGAGAACGGGGAAGAGAAAGUUGAUCAUAGAUCUCCAGGGUAAUUCAGGGGGGCUAGUUGAUCUCGGCACCGAUUUGUUCGCCCAACUUUUCCCAUCAAUACCGCCGAAUUCAAAAUCAAACAUGCGAGACAACCUUGGAUUCUAUAUUCUGGGAAGCAUUGCGUCGAAUAAUAUUACAGACGCGGAGAAAACUUCCGAUGAAGAUCUUGCCGAAAAUCUUUACGUCCCGCUUGCCUACCAGACGGUGGUAGAUCCCGACAUGCGACACUAUCCUGAUUUUCAAUCCUUCUACGGCCCCUACGAAGUUUACGGAGGCAAAUUCUCGGCGUUUUUCCAAAACAACUACACCGAUCCUAAUUCUUCUGACUUUGCAGGGCAAGGAAUCAUCAUUACGGGAACAAACAACCGCACUGGGUUCCGCCAGCCUUUCGCUCCCCAGGAUAUUGUGGUGCUACUCGACGGGCUUUGUGCCAGCACCUGUACCGUCUUCUCAGAAUAUCUCAAGAGUUACGCCAAUGUCCAGUUCAUCACCGUCGGCGGUCGACCACAAACGGGACCCAUGCAGGCAGUGGGUGGUGUCAAGGGCGUCCAGGUCUUCCCAUUCGAUACGACCAUCACACCCUGGUGGGUCGACCUGUACCAGAGUCCCCAAAAUACCCUCAUGGACCUCGCCAAUGGGUCGAUCUGGGAGAACUUUACAUAUCUGCCUGUACUGCGCGAGUUUAGGUAUGCUGGAGGUGGAGUCAACGGACGCAACCAUUUCCGGAUUGGCGAUAAGACCGAGACGCCUCUCCAGUUUGUGUAUGAAGCAGCCGACUGUCGGAUGUGGUGGACUCGAGAAAUGCUUUAUGAUCCCACAUUUCUCUGGGCGCGUGUGGCAAACAUGGCCUUCCAAGAGAGAAGAGGAACACAGUUCAACUCGAAGUAUUGCGUCAAAGAUAGCACAGGACAUCCUACCAGUAUAUCUGGUGGCUGGAAAAAGGGUACCCUGGGACCUCAGACACCACCGAAGAACGCGAACGCUACCGUUCAGGGAUGGAAACUUGAGGGGACUCCACUGGGACCCACCUCUUCAGACCAAUUGAACACGACUUCGACGGAGACAGGGACCGUCAUCGAGAACAACGCGCUGGCUGACACAGUGGCCGAUAGCCCUGAGUUGACCUCGUUCAAGGAGGCAUGCACGAGCUAUACUGGCGAUGCCUGGCUGGUGAAGCUGAUGUGUGGAGCAUUGGGCACCUAA